CAGCUCCAAAUAUUUUCUUGAUUUCGUAGAGAAGAAGUAGCGUCGUGUUGUCAGGGAUACGUUUUCAUUAUAUUUCUCCAGAAUGCCAGUUUCUUUAAGAGCGAAAUGUCUCGUAGUCGGAGACUCGGCUGUUGGCAAGAGUGCAUUGACCCAGGUAUUUCACAGUGAUGGAGCCCAUUUUCCAAAAGGUUAUUCAAUGACUGUCGGAGUUGAACUGUGUGUCAAGAAUAUCAGCAUUCCAGACACGAGUGACACAGUGGAAUUGUACAUCUAUGAUACGGCAGGCAAAGAGAUGUUCUUUGAUUAUGCUCAGCAAGCAUGGGAGCAUCCAUCAGUGAUGAUGGUGGUGAUGGAUGUGACAAAUGAAACCAGCUUCACUGCCUGUAACCGCUGGGUGGAACGAGUCAAAGCUAAAGCCGGCCAGCACAUCCCAGGUGUAUUUGUAGCCAACAAGAUUGACCUUGAAGGGCGGAGAGUCGUAGAGAGGAACAAGGCUGAAGAAUUUGCCAAAGGCAAAGGACUGGAAUACUUUGAAUGUUCUGCUAAGGACCAAGAAAACACUGAUGCACCAUUCUAUUACUUGGCCAAUGCUUUCUACAAGCUCUACCAAGAGAGAGUAGAAGUCAUGAAGACUAUAGCAACGUGAUAGAUCAAUCAUCUUAUGAAAUCUUGUGGAUAUAUAUUAUUUGUAAAUAUUGUAAACAAAAUUUGUGUUAGAGAAGCACUAUUUUUUCUUUUGUAUCUAUUGUCACUCAUAUUUUUGUCUGUUUAUGUAUUCAUUAAGGUUUUUUAAGUAAUUGUGAAGGUUGUCAAUUAAGAUACUAUUCUUUUCAAAAUGUUUCUCAGAUUCAGUCUGAUCUGAUUUCAAAAUCUGU